GUUUUACUUACCCACCACUUCAAAAAUACAACAGUCACGAGGACAGCAAUAAAUGAAGCACUCUUCAAAUUACGGUACUCAGCAUGUGUUCAGACGAGGAUCCACUACCGGAACGAAUGAUCCAUUGUUGAACAAUGUCGAUGUUUUUGGACUUCUGUUGUCGAUGCAUCGGCGAUCUAUCGCCGUUCAAAACAUCGAUGCUAACCUCGAUGUUUAUAUAAGAAAAAAGAAACCACAAUGUUUUGAAAACAUUAAACAGGUGUUGUCCACAUCCUUGAUGAGAGAGAUUAUGCAACCACAGCAAAGUGAUAAUACAGAGUGCGAUAUACAGGGUAUAUAAUACGUUGUAGAGCUAUUGAAUAAAUAUAUGAUUAAAUCUUGACGACGAAUUUUGGCGCUGUACGAGAAAAGACUGUGGUAGGAAAUUUUCUGCUGUGGCGCUAUAUGCACCGGAAAAAAGCAAGUUUUGGAACUAAUUAUUAUGAAUUCACGGUCUGCAGCAGGUCAGCUUUCAACAAUAUCUUUUCAUAAUGUUUAGCACUACAUUAUUUCCUCGAACAAUGUUAGUAGCGGUAACAAGUACAAGGGGACGCAUGCUGUGCACGACUGCGAAAGGGAGCAGAUUACGACAUCUGAUACAGCAACAUACAGAGGUUUCUAGAAACCAUUUAACGCCAGAAAUUGCACUCCACCUUAUUACUCCUUCUUGCGAAUUAUGGAAAUGCAAAGAUCAAGCUCAAGUACCAUUCAGUGAUCCAUACUGGGCUUUUUAUUGGCCUGGUGGGCAAGCUGUUGCAAGGUAUCUGCUGGACAACCCUAAGACUGUACGCGGAUUUCAUGUUCUUGAUGUGGGCAGUGGCAGUGGAGCAUGUGCAAUAGCAGCUGCCAAGGCUGGAGCACAGUCAGUGACUGCUAAUGAUAUUGACCCAGUAGCAGGAGAGGCAAUACUCCUCAAUUGUUCCUUAAAUCAAGUGAACGUGAAUGUGUCAUUAAAUGACAUAAUAGGCAAGACGUGCUUUGAGUGGGAUAUUAUCUUGCUGGGUGAUGUACUGUAUGACACAGAGUUUGCACAAAGGCUUCAACCAUGGAUCAAGAGUCUGCAGAAUGCUGGGAAGACAAUAUUUGUUGGUGAUCCAGGACGACACGCAAUGAAUGUAAUUCCAAAAGGAAACUUGCAGUUACUAGCAACAUAUAGCCUACCACCACAAACAAAUCUUGAAAAUAGAGGUUUUUCUACAGCAUUUGUGUGGAAAAUUUUGUAAUAAACUAGUCUACUGCAGAGAAUAUUCUGCGUUAAUAUGUCAGAUUUCAUUCACAACUGUGAAACACUGUAGUCAUUCAAUUAUUAACAACACACUUGCUGUGUGUUGUUUUUUUGUAAUAAGAGACAUUCUCAAAUCUUCUUAUGCAUACAUGUAUGUGGGGCAGAAUAAAGGUAAACAGAAAUUA